AUGCGAGACUUCCUCGAGCAAAGCAAAGCCGCGACCCAGGAUCUCUACGGUCCUAUUUCCGGUGUGUCGCAGAGGGACCACGAAGUCGAAAUGCGGGACGGGAAGAAGAUUGCCGUGAGGACGUAUCAUCCGGAGAGUCCUCCAUCGGAUGGGUCUCCUUUGGCCGUGCUGUACCAUGGCGGAGGCUGGUGUAUUGGAGGACUCACGAACGAGGAGCUGUUGUGCAAACUGUUGGUAUCCAAGUUGGGCAUGACUGCUGUCAACGUCGACUAUCGUUUAGGACCCGAGCACAAGUUCCCGACUGCGCAUAACGAUUGCCUCGAUGCUACGAAAUGGGCCGCCUCCAACGCAUCUUCCCUCGGCGCCGAUCCUAGCAAGGGCUUCAUCAUUGGAGGAACUUCAGCUGGAGGCAACAUCACGGCUACGGUCUCGCAUCAAUGGCGAGACGAGAAGCAGUCACCUCCCUUGACAGGCUCACACCUGAUGAUUCCCGCCGUCGUAGCCGCUGGCCACGUUCCCGAGGAGUUCGCAGCCGACUACAAGUCCUAUGGCGAACUUCCCAACGCUGCGAUCCUGAGCCAUAAAGCAAUGGAUCUAUUCGCGGACAACUAUUGUCCGGCGGAGAAGAGGAGUGAUCCCAUUUUCAGCCCGCUGUUGUGGCCGACGGGUCAUGGAGGACUGCCACCACAGUACUUUCAGAUUUGUGGUGGGGACCCAUUGCGAGACGAGGCAUUGAUCUAUGAACGGCUUCUCAGGGAGAAGGAGGGGACGGUGACGAAGGUUGAUAUGUACCCGGGUCAACCGCAUGGAUUCUGGUCAGUUUUUCCGCAGAUGAAGGCUAGCCAGAAGUUCAUCGGAGACUCUGUCAAGGGGGUGGAGUGGUUGCUGCAGCAGAAGAAGAAGUAG